CACUGUACAGCAGCUCAAGACUUUCCUUGUAUUUUCAGACAUGGAGAUAACAGAUAACAAGGGGAAGAAACUCUGGCGACCUUCCUGGAAAGGGGUCCUUAUAACCCUCCUUGUGGGAUCCAAUAUCAUCCUCAUCCGUAUGAUUGAAGCUCUGGUUCAUAAAGGUCAGUCUCUGAACAAUGAGAUCAUCCAGUGUAAUGAGCUAAGGAUGAACCUCACCCAGUCAUCUACAGAUCAGCUCCGUGAUCGGGAGAACGGGAUGAUGGAAAUAAGGAAGAAGCUCUGUGGAGACACCAGCGAGGAACUUGGCGGGUGCACAGUGUGUCCCGAUGGUUGGUUGCGGCACAGAGAGAACUGUUUUUACUUUUCAUCUGGCAAAGAAUACAGAACAUGGAAUGAGAGUCGGGAAGUGUGUGAAGAGAUGGGAGCCCAUCUACUGGUCAUAGAGGACCGGGAACAGCAGGAGUUUAUAAAAAGAUUCAGCAGACUGCAAACAGGACAAACGAAAGACAAGUUCUGGAUUGGUCUGUACAGAGAUGGAGAUGGAUGGAGAUGGGUGGACGGUGGGCUCUAUAAUACCAGCCUAUUACACCUAUCAGGGUCUUCAGGAGACUGUGUACAAAUUCAUGCAACUGCUGGAUAUUAUAAAGGUGGCUGUCAAUCAUCCAAACAAAACUGGAUUUGUCAGAAGAGAUCCCUGAAGAUCUGACAGAUUCCUCCCAACAUACAGACACUCUGCUUGAUCCAUAAUA